AUGGAGCAUCUUGUUGUUGAGGUCGAACAAGCCAGUCGUAACCAUGGUCGUAUCCAACGCCUGGCAGAUGAAAUUGGAAUAGCCUGCAUGACCCUUAAUGAUACGCCUGGCAGCAGUCAACCCAUGGCGAUGAGUUCAGCGAGUUUGGAGAGUUUCCACACUAACUGGUGGUUCCCUUCCUCUAAAAUACGCACUGUUAUGUGUGAAUCGGCAGGGAUUAAGCGCUCUCUUAACACCCCUUCAAAUGUUGUGUUGAAGCACUACAACAUAUUUACCAACUUUCCUACACGCCAAUCUCCGGACAAUCCAGCAUCAAGGUAUCCGUUUCCCGACAGAUACUUCCACAUUAUAUCCCACGAAAACAAUCCGCUUGGUAGGCUCUUUGUGACAUUAUCAGAUGUGCUUCUGGUUCAAUAUCACAAGCAUGGCGAAGAAAGACAAAACUACGAUAUUCAUUUUGGCUUUGAUGAGCGCGAAGUAGCGGAAUGCUUUGCCCGCUAUUUAAAGGCCGCCCAAAUGAAACUGUUCGAGAAGUCCAUGCGUGGCCCUUUUUGCGAUGAAAAGAUCAUAUAUUCCAAGCGUUGUGUCUGCUUCGACUUCAACUCCAGAGCGGCUGACGUCGAAAAGCUGGACAUACUACAAUCUACGAUCUCGGUUUGCGAUCAUGAUGCGAAUGGCCAACCCUACAGUUCCCAAACGGACUGGGAGACGCUCACUGGGAAAAGGAUCGCCAAGCCGACUGGAGGAGUCACUUUCGUCAAAAGGCAAGUAUAUGCCAAUGACUGCUAUCCAAUUAGCAAUGGGCACGAACGUACAGCCAACGACUGGCUAGACGAUCUUGACAAGCUAUUUAGAGUAAUGAAGCCAGACAGGAAUGAUCGUUAUGAAAAGGUCAAGAUUGCAGUCAUUGACUCGGGUUUGAAUGAUACAGUGAAGCGCCGUUACAUGACUCAAAACGACAUUGUGUACAAGGACUUCUGUCAUGAGACAUGGAACGAUUCAUGGCAUGGGACGUGCUGCGCCAAGAUUAUUGGGGACAUGUAUGAAGAAGCAAAAUUCUUCAUUGCUAGGAUCUUUCAGGAGGAUCACUCAAAUGACAGUGAGGGACCAAUCCGAAUGGCCACGGCUAUCGAUUGGGCUAUCAGCAACUGCGUCGAUAUCAUCAGUAUCUCUGCUGGAUUUCGAGACUACUCAAAGGAGUUGGAUGAAGCCGUGACCAGGGCCAAGGCUGCUGGUACACUCGUCGUUGCAGCAGCUGCAAAUUGGCAAAACACUGGUACGGUUGCGUUCCCAGCACGACACAAUCUUACAACUAUGUGUAUAUACUCGACCAACCUGGGCAACCAGAGCUCAAGCUUCAACCCUGAACCGCGAAGUGAUACACCUAACUUUGCUGUCCUGGGUGAGGGGUUCCAGCAUCCAGACCAGAAGAGUGACCCGAUGAGUGGGACAUCAAUGUCUACUGCUGCUGCUGUAGGACUUGCAGCUAAUAUUAUUGACUUUGCCCGUCAAAGUGACAACAAAUCUUACAUCUACAGAUCACAAGAUGUAGAUACGUAG